GGUGAGUACCACAAAAGUGUCGUUAGCAAAGUUAGUUGGAAAUUUAAAAAAUGGAGAAUUAUAGCUAUCAGAUAGUAGUCAAUAUAGAAGGGGGGGACAAAACAAUUAUUGUGCCUGAUAUGGGGACUGCCCAACUUUUAUUGAAUGAUUCUGAUGCAGAGAAUUUGGAGAGUGAAGCUUUUCAAACUCAGCAAUAUCAGGCAUCGAAUUUCGAAGAGCUUGCAGAUAGUUUGGAGAGUGAAGCUUUUCAAACAGAAGAUGAGGAGAAUAUUUUUACAAAUGAGGAAGGUGUGAUUUGGAUCAAAAAAAAACCUACUGAUACCGAUAUUGCCGCCACACAUCUCAUGUUGAGAUUAAGAGAACAGAAAAAGGAGCAGUUUAAUAAUAAAAAAAAUAACAAGAGACAGCUAUGGGCUGGGAUAGCUGAAGAGCUGACAAGGAACCAAUUUAUGUUGGGGGCGAAUGGCGGUGAAAGGUGCCGCCAAAAAUUCGCAAAUUUGACAAAGUCCUACUUGAAAUAUUUAAGAAACCAGAAGACAACAGGGGCAGCCUUCAUGGAGCAUCCUCCAUUUUUUGAGGAGGUCCACUCAAUCUUAGGUGAGAAGCACAAAACUCAACUCAAGCAUUUAGUGGACAGCUUGGAGGAUGAGCCCAUGCCUGAGGCCUGA